CUGGAGGUCAUAUCUUGACCACUUCCUAAUCUGACUCAUCACUGGUCAAACGUUGUUCCCCUUCGAUGACUUGCGCAAUGACAAAUCCCUGCGCUGUGCGCUGCGCUGAAAGGACGCUCUGGACCAGCCAACAGGUAGGAUGUGGUCAAAGCCCUUUUACAAAAUGUACCAAAUGUCUCAUAUGGAUGCAGUUGACUGCGGUUAAGUGGAUUGGAUAGCAUUACAUAAUUCGUAAAUUCCCGUCAGUGUUUAAAUGACUUCUUUACAACCAUCCUUUACUCCUGGGUGAGCACAGGUUAAACACUUCCCGGCAUCACUUUGAACGAGUAGGCCGACUCAUCGCCGCAGUAUCAUCCUGCUCUCCAUGUGCCGCACACGCGUCCUGAUGUGAAGCUGAUGUGCGACGGUUUUUGUGGCCUGUUCUCGGGCUGCUGCACAGCUGCUGCUUCUUUAAGAGCCACCGCCCGCCCCUUCUCCUGUAUUUUUAGCUGAGCCAGCCACUUCAUUUGCUGGAUAAGACAGACAGUUGUGUACCUUAUGAUCUCAUUUAAUCAUUUUAAUAAAUGUCAUCAAAUGUUAUUCUGCGGUUUCGCCGUGAGCCUACAGCCAGCUGUUACCCUGGAAAUGUCGUAUAUGGUAGACAUUUGUCCCGCCGCUCUCGGAUGCUGAAACGCGCAAUCUGCCUGUGGAUGCUUGAUGUCCAUUAUGAAACGCAAUGCUGCACUGGGUACCGAAUAUUAGGCGCAGUGCUUUCAAGACCCAAAUGAAUUACAAGAAAUCAAUUUAGCUGCAACAUACUCAUACGGUGCGGACGAUUCAAGGUGGUCCAGGAUCUUUGUCCUCAGCCCUCUCUUCUCUUGGACUGUGGAUAACAAGAAGCCUUCAAGACGGAGGGGGUGGUGGAGCAUCGAGGAAAAAAUAGGGGCAAUAUGAGAGAGCGGGACUUCAUGCCCAAUAUGGAGAGGGGCAAACCUGCUACUUAUACGGGGGACAAAAAGGCUAAGAUGGCUGCUAAGACGAACAAGAAGUGGGUGAGACUAGCCACUGUUUUUGCAUAUGUAUUGUCCGUGUCCUUAGCAGCCAUUAUCCUGGCAAUUUACUACAGCCUGAUCUGGAAACCAACAUCCUCAUCUGUGGGGAAGCCCGGGGGGGUCACCCCCACUCCAAACAUCUCAGUUACUAAUGUUUCCACAAGCAGCAAUGUCUCGGAGUGGAACUCUACACAGGCAGGAAUCAACCGGACCUGGGGCACAACCCUGCGCAGAGUUGGAGCAGAAAGUGCGCCCUCACAUCAGGAGGAAGAACUCUACGCAACUUCCUACGUUCACACAAGAGAGGAGAGAUCGGCUGCUUUGAGUAGAGAGAAACACGCGCCUCAUCCCCAGGUGAGCCGCUACGUCCUGUCAAGCCCCAGCGAGUCUCAGGCUGCCCCUGACCAGGACGAGGAGACGCACAGGGGCGACGGGGCGAGUGACAAACGCGACUCCGAGCAGGCUGUUCCUCCGACCUCCGCGACGAGCCGAACUGGCCUGAGAGGAGGCUGAUCGGGCAGCAUUCCCACCACCACACCCCCCUCACACACAACCGGACCCAACAAGGAGUGUUUUACAGACUCGGUGCCGCAGGUCGGAUAACACAGGUCUUCUUUGAACUCAUUUUGCAGAGCCACUAAUGGAUGCUGAGCUACACCUAUUAACUAAUAUCUUGCUCUUACGACUGAGAGAAAAAGGAGUCGUUGCUUCUUAGGUGAACACUGUUUACCCUUCAACACUAUGCGUUUUUUGUUUUAGGCCAUGUGUAUGCCUUAAAUCAGUGUGUGUCUACUUUAUCUCGGUCAGCUUCUGGGGCCACGAACCCGCAUAUACGUGUGGACGAUAUAGAUAUUUAGUUGAAAUUAUUAGGACACAGGCUCCAGAGAUGCUUUUGGUUUUGCAGGGCAUAAAAAUUUCUCGCAGCGUUUAACAUCACUGCCAUUCAUCAGCCGGUCUAAAUCAAUAGCAUUGUUGCAUAACAUAGGCUGUACUUUUCUUUUCAUGGACCAAACCUGGAUUCAGAGUAGAAGAGCCUGCAUUGUUGAGUUCUGCUCAGGUAUGUGCAUAUAACCAUGUAAAUGUGUUGUGUAUUCAGUUCUGUACAUAUAGGGCACACAUACAUCUUUUUGGCCUCAUGAACUUUUAGUGUAACUAGAUCAUUUUUAUUAAAGGUACAGUAUGUAUAAUAGGUAUGACUAUAUCACAAGGUACAGUUAAACACACUUAGAAAAUUAUUCAUUUCUAUGGUUUUAUAAUAGGUCUAUGGAAAUCACAAAUUAAUCACUGACAUUAUACUGUAUGUUCAUUGUAUUUUAUUUAUUCAGAGCCAGAAUGGAUAAUAUAUAUUCAAAUAAAUGUUAGGUUUUUUCUUAAGAGUUUAUAUUUUGUUUCAAGUCACGGAUUUAAAUAACAUUAAGAGUGUAACAACAGCCCACUUUUACUGAUUGAUAUGGGGAGGCAGGUUCAACAGAAAUAUAAUAACCAUGCAAGAGCGCUUAGUUUAUGAUCAGUAGAAGCUCAUCUGGGCAUUUGAUCAAAUUUUAGUGGUGGUCCUUUAAUUGCCUGAGAGUGCGUUUAGAGGAACUCGCUCUUCCUAUAGAAAGAAAAGCCUUCAUUGCCCAGUCUGCCACAGUUCACCUCCUGCAGCUCUCACUGAAACCACUUCACACAGUCAAAUGUGGUGAACUAUGAAGUGGAAAUAAGACCGACCACCCCAUGCACUCUCUCAGCAGCAUGUGAGGGAGGUGUAUUGAUUUGAGAACUCUGUUGUUGCACUGUACAAAACAGAGAAGAACAUGUUACGCAAUGCCGCCAGGUGCUAUUUUGAUCCAGCUUUCUCUGAAAAGGACUGUUUGGCUGAAAGGUUUGGUUUCUGUGCUGGCAGUGACAAGCAUCAUUCACCAUCACACUGGAAAGUAGAUUUCCACUGAGCAGCCAGAGGCCUCGGCGGCAUUGCACCGUGAUGUAAACGGUGGUGACAUUCACUGUUGUGUUAGUAUGACAGAUUUACAGAACCAAAGCCAAGGUAUGUGUCUGGAGAGCUAAACAGGAAGUCUAUUCAUUAGGGAAGACAGCACAAGACACACGCACACCCACUGUCACAACACAAACCAUGUAUACUAGAAAAAUGUAAUGCAGAGUGUGUGCAUAACACAGUGACACACCUGUGGCUCCUGGCAGCUGUGUCCUCAGUGCCUCAUGGCUUUCUGUGAUAUAUGAGAGGUGUGAUGACCAACCUCUUGAUGAAGAUCAGUGCUGACAGUUAUUACUGGAAGCAACAUCUGAGUCAGGGCACAGCACUGGACCUGAUUACGUCUCCUGAUGUGAAAUCAGUCAUAGCUUACAUUAAAGUUCCGCUUGGGAUUAAUUUGUUUUGUAA